CCGCUUCGGCAUAAACACCAACCGGUUACCAAGAUAAUCGUAAACCAACAACCACUCAGAGAAAACGUCUGUCUAAGUCAGACACACAAGCAAUGCACCUUCUGAUUGAACCCUAACCACACUGAAGUGGUUAUAGAAGACAUCAUGGCGGACAAUCGCCACAAUACGGCGAUAUUUUGCGUGUUCGUUUGGAUUAUGAUACAAAGUGUGCAAGCUGCAAGUUCGAAUGAUUCAUCAACGUUCGUCAACUCAACCAUAGCUACAUCGAUCGAUGGUUCUAUCUCGCCUUCAAGUACAACAGAUACUUUAUCAUCUACAAAAGACUCAAAUGCUACUGCUAGUCAGUCAUUGUCCCUACAAGCAAGUUUGUCAUCAAAUACAAACACUGUCAUAAGUUUCCUAACAGAAUAUUUAUCACCAAGUGUUGUCAAUCAAACAGUGCAAACAGCAUCUUCAACAAAUACCAUUGUUGCAAGCUCUCCUGCCCAGGAAGAUUUAUCAACAGUGAAUAUAAACUUGAACUUAUCCAAGACCUUAAAUGGGUCAGUUAGUACCAGUAACACUUCCAGUGUUUUAUUGAAGAUAUCAAGCACUAGUUCAUCAGUGCAACUGACCUCUACAACAUCAAAUGGUUCUGUAUCAAGUUCCACUCCUGGUCUUUCACAUAGUCCAGGUAUCUCAUCAACCCCUGCUCUGUCAUCCCCUUCUACACCUUCUGGCCUUGGCUCAAGAAACUCAUCAACUUCUGUACUUCCAUCAUCAAACCAAACUGUAGUUCAGACUUCUGUUGAUGGGAAAUUCUCAGAGAAAGCUACUGAAACUGCUUCUUUGUCAGUGUUUGUACAAUCCAACAGUUCUACAGUCUCAAGUACCAAGAGUGCUGAAGUCUCUGUCAAUCUGUCUACUUCACUUGAAGUACAAUCUCGGACCAAAAAUGCAACUGGAACGACUUCAUCUUUGCAAGCUACUGCAUCCACAUCUGUGGGUGUUGAAGGAGUCCAAACUGUUUCACCAAGUACUGUUUCCUCUUCCCUAUUUGCGACUGUUGGUCAAGAAGCAUCAACAAUUGAUGAGGUACAUGCAAGCAGCAAUGCUUCAACCUCGAUUCACCCAUUGAUGCCUUCCUCUAUUGGUGCAAAUGUAUCAUCAGCAGUAUUGUAUGAGAGUAUUAAUGUCUCAACUACAUACAAUAUACCACUAUCUUCUUCCAAAUACAUCACUUUAUCUCCAUCCACCCAUGAGGUGAUAACUUCUCAAGUGCAAAAUCAGACCAAGACUUCAUCUCCAUCAACUAAUGGGGUACUGAAUUCUCAAGUGCAAAAUCAGACCCAAACUGAAUUGCUACCAUCACCAUCAUCAAUCAAGUCCACUAGUUACCCUACUGUCAGUGGAACCAUGUUGUUUAAUGCUACAGUUGGGAUAGAAGCCACAGCUACCUCAAAUAUUCUGUCAUCGAGUCUCUCUCCAGUCUCUCUAUCUCCAAGUAGCUCAAGUCCCACAAAUAAAUCAGACAGCAGAAUAUCAGGCUCUUCAACCAGCCCUGCAUCUUCUCCUUCACCUACCCCUGCUUUUACCACCUCAACGCAGGCAAUGGUAUCAUCAGUGGCAGUUUCUGAAACUGCUACUAGCUCACAGAUCGACAAACUCAUUGUGACAUCUUCUUCCUAUUUGUGCUACAUAACCUAUGUCGUGGAACAAACCUACAUUCCUGUAGCCACGGCAAAUGCGACAACAAUAACAACAACAGUGGACUUAGGAAUAGUGAGCAGCAUUCCCACAUCAAUGCUAACAAUCUCAGCAACAGCACCACAAGAAACGGUGACCCAAACAUCAGCAAAAAGUCAGAGUGUGAUUGAGGUAACCACAGUUAUCAGCUCAAGCACUGACUAUGGAUCGAUCAUCACUCCAAGCCCAAGCUCUGAGGGUCCCAAGACCGAAGACUCAACCUUUGCAACAGAGACUCCAAGGAAUAUUACCGUAUCAGAAACUUUGCUUAUGGAAUUGACCCCUAUUGCCAGUGUAUCCCCUACAAACUCAUACUCUGGAAAUAAGUCAGCUACUAUUUCGGAAAAGUUAUCAGUUUCUACAAGUGAGAUAAUAGCUAAUGGAACCACAAGUGCGGUUUUCCCUUCUGUUUCUACAUCAAACGUAAACGAGAUGAUAAACAGCACGAAAGCAAUAGCACCGCCUUCUGCUUCUGUUGGAAACACAACUGGCGCGUUGUCAUCGACCAUGACUGCACCAAGUUCGACUACUGGAAACGAGUUUAUACCAGAGGUCAAGACUACUGUCCCAGUAAACUACACGUCUUCAUCUAUAACACAGACGGCUUCUGUGAAUUUAGUGCUGCCCACUGCAUCAGUUAAUAUCACAUCUGCAUCAAAUGUAACAACUUCUGAAACGGUUAAAGAAAACACUACAACACAAGUCCUUGCAAUUUCCUCUAAUGCAGAAGUGUCUAAAUCUUUUACAGAAGUCUCGGUGUCUUCAAACACCACCACAUCUGCUAGCGUUCAGAAAACACUCACGACUUCAGCAAGCACGUCUUUAGCUGUGGCUCAGCCUCAUACGUCACUUGCUACAAGUUCCAACUCGCAGGCUUUGAAAACGGAAACUUUGAAUUCAAGUUCUGCUUCUCCUGCAGUAUCGACAGCAUCAGCAUCUUCAUCUCAACUUGUUGCAUCAAACUCAAGCAGCAGCCAAGCCUCACCGGCUACCUCUACCAAUCAGACAUCAGCAACUUUCAUCAGCCUGUCAACAAGCAUCACUGAUCAAACCUCGUCAAGCCUUGUGGCUGAAUCUGGUCAAACCUCGUCAAGCCUUGUGGCUGAAUCUGGUCAAACCUCGUCAAGCCUUGUGGCUGAACCUGGUCAAACCUCGUCAAGCCUUGUGGCUGAAUCUGGUCAAACCUCGUCAAGCCUUGUGGCUGAAUCUGGUCAAACCUCGUCAAGCCUUGUGGCUGAAUCUGGUCAAACCUCGUCAAGCCUUGUGUCUGAAUCUGGUCAAACCUCGUCAAGCCUUGUGGCUGAAUCUGGUCAAACAUCGUCAAGGCUUGUGGCUGAAUUUGGUCAAACCUCGUCAAGCCUUGUGGUCGAAUCUGGUCAAACCUCGUCAAGCCUUGUGGCUGAAUCUGGUCAAACCUCGUCAAGCUUUGUAGCAGAACCUAAGGCAGUAUCAGUAUUAGCAACUACAGUUACUCAAACAUCAGCCUCAGCCACUAGUACUAUUAUUCUGGUCCCAUCUCCAUCGCAAACACACUCAAGAAAUGAUACCUUUUCAGCAACACAAACUUUGGCAUCAGUAUCUGGUUAUGACAGCAAUGCAGCUACCGUGACCAAUAAUCAGGUGAUGAGUAGCGAGCCCACUGAGACGCCGACAAGUAGCGUACACCAAGCAAGAAGAAGGCGACGAGACAUUGAAGGGGUCCAGAGCAAUGUUAGCAGUGAUGCUAUAAGUUCUUCUGAAAAUUUAUCUGAACUCCCAUCAGUUGUUGCUCAGUCAACUGUCAACGUAGACGUUUUGUUGGACAAUAACGUAAGCACAGAAUCGGUUAGUGGUUCAUCCAGUGUUAUUGCCAGCCAAUCAAACCAAAGUUUCUCAGCAUCUAAAGUAUCUCAGGGGACUUCGGUUGGUGUGUCUAGUGGAUCUGCAGUGAACACAACAUCCACCCAAGAACUGAGCACGGCUACCACUACCACCUUGCAGUCGGCAUCUUCACCUAGUGGCAAUUUACCCAGUCAGGAACACAGCUUAGCCACAACCACCACUUUGCAGCCGGCAUUUUCACCUAGUGGCAAUUUAUCCAGUCAGGAACACAGCUUAGCCACAACCACCACUUUGCAGUCGGCAUCUUCACCUAGUGGCAAUUUAUCCAGUCAGGAACACAGCUUAGCCACAACCACCACUUUGCAGUCGGCAUCUUCACCUAGUGGCAAUUUAUCCAGUCAGGAACACAGCUUAGCCACAACCACCACUUUGCAGUCGGCAUCUUCAUCUAGUAGCAGUUUAUCCAGUCAGGAACACAGCGUAGCCACAACCACCACUUUGCAGUCGGCAUCUUCAUCUAGUAGCAGUUUAUCCAGUCAGGAACACAGCGUAGCCACAACAACAUCUUUCUCUCUUAUCCAAGAGGGUGUUUCACCCAGUGGCAAUUUAUCAGCGUCCUCAUCAUCACCAUCAACAUCAGUAUCAGACGCUGCUGUAUCAUCCUAUUUGUCGUCUAAACCUGCGACUGACGCAUCUUCAUCUGCAUAUGACUCCUCGAUUUCAUCAACAGAAUCUCCAAACGAAACGUCGACUGUUAGAGCCAAUCAGACCACAGUGUUGUCAAACGUCAGUGCAACACAGGCUUCACAUACGACAAGCGCUACACCCUUUCUUAGUCUGGAAGCAAGCCCAGUAUCUGUUAGUAUGGUGGCUAGCUCUACUGACACACUUUCAGUGUCAUCUUUUAUCAACUCGGCAAGUAAUGGCUCCGUCAGCUACAACCACACAGUGGCCACACCUCUGUCACCGACCUCCCAGUUAAUACAGUAUUCGACUCCUGUAACUGAAACUCCCAGGCUUACAUCGGUUGUGCUAUCAAAGGAAAAUCAGUCCAGUACUACAGUGAUACAGACUGUUUCGAUUGCCAGUCAAACAAGUUCCUACCACGAAUUCGCCAACUUAACGGCAACUCAAACUCAAGGAGAGAAGCAGACUUUAUCACUUAAUGAAACUAUUCAAAUUUUACCAUCACCGAUUACCGUUGGUACCACUGCUGUUGAAUCUGUCAUUGUCAGUGAAUCUAUCACCAGGCCGUCACCAGGAGACACCUCCUACCAGCCUGUAGCUGAGGCAUCCACAGCUUCGACGUACGUAUCACAAAUAACUACGACAUUGCCAAUUACAACAAGCACUAGCGAAGCUUUAGUUCAUCCUUCUAUUAGCGAGUGGUCCACUCAUCUCUACACUCCAUCCACUCCGACCACGACAACGCCUGGACUCUCCAGUUCUGGAGACAAGAUGAUCAGCUCCCACUAUGUAACCUCUACAGCAAGCUAUAGCUCUGUGUCACCUGUGCCAAAGAACCCUCUUAUCACGAUAUCGAGUCUUGGAAUAUGCUUUGUGGUUUACACAACGAGAAUGGUACCUGCAGUAACAACAUUCAUUCCAACACCGACUUCCGUGCUUACAGCUUCGAUUAAUGUUACAAGGCAAUCGAGUUCCGUGGCUCAGUCAGCCGUUGUCAACACAACAUCCCCGUCAAGUUCUUCAGUUAUUAUGACAUCAUCAACAGCUGUAAAGAAUGCAACCGUCACAUCUGUGAAUUCCACAGUGUUUUCCUCGGCCACAUCGACUGUCGGUACUUCACAAGCUAUGACACAUACAGUAGUUGCUAAUGCGUCUUUGACCUCUACCAUCCCCGAAAACUCUACUGUUAUUGUUAUUGGCUCAACAACAGCAACAACUGUUAGCCCUUCAGCAAGUGUGCAGCCUUCUGUGACCCCAGCUUCUACAAAGAGCGUGAGCCUAACUGCAACCCCUGCCACCACUACUUCCGAAGUUCUUGAGCCAUCGCCAAGUCUUACACUAUCUUCAAGUGAAGCAGCCUCCAGCACCUUGCCUCCAACAAGUCUGCCGGUAGCUCAGAGUUCAACAUCAACAUCAACAGUCAAAACUGCGGCAGUAACACCAUCAAGCUCAACUCAAGUUGUCGCCCCCACAUCGACCAUUCAGCCGCCAGUAUCUGAGUCGCUGCUAAGUAUGGGUCUAACUGUUCCACUUAGUACUAAUGUCAAUUCAGAGGCGUUCCAGAAACAAGUAUCGAAGGGAUUGGAAGAGUUGUUUAGCGUGGCAGAAUCAAGGAGACGAAGAAAGCGAGCAGUGGCCGGGACGCAAGUCACGAUCACGGACGCCCAGCGACAAAGCGCCCAGAGUGAAGAUGUGGAUGUUUUGUUCUACGUAGAUUCCAACGGGCAGAACGUCACUGCUGCAUCGGCUUCUGCUACAUACAAUCAGUUCUCUGCUACCUUGGUCAGCAAGAAGAUCGGCUACCCGGUGACAAGAAUGCCGAGUCCUGUUUAUGUACCAACCCAACCCCCCUCAGUAGGCCUCGUGUCCAUGAUCUUUGAGAGCAACGCCCGAAACUUGACCUUUACCGCGAACAAGCUUGCGUUGGAAAACAGACUGGCAGCGUACUACAAGGAUAAGAAGAGCCUUUCACCUGCUACUGUCACUGCUACGAUCUCAAAGGUCGUGGUAGAAGUGAGCGGUAACUAUUACAUUGAGUUCUCCAUCAAGGUUAAUGGUCAGGUCCAGGACGGUAGCGUGGUGGUGGCGGCUUUUAACCAAGUAGACAUAGUCGUACUCACAGCAUUGCUUCGCGAGCCGGUUGCCGUGCCUCCCUACACAUCCAGCACCCUAAAAGCCACCAAGACCGACCACGUGAAAUCCCGUAUAUCCGGCCCUGGUAUUACUUCCGGUGGUAAUGUCAGUGAUCCGAACUUCCUCGCGACUCUUCAGGAUAAGUUAGCGACGGUGUACAAGGCCGGUAAAGCGACCUACAACAAAAGAAAGAGACGUGCCAUUGGUAGCAUAAGUGCUAAGAUUGAGAAUGUGACCCUUGUAGGCGGUUCGCAGCAAGGUGAUGUUAUCUUCUUCAUCUUUGAUUCCGGUAAAGUGGUCAAUGCCACGUACGCCAGUGCGACAUUCAACCGGCUCUCCCUCAACGAGAUGGCACUGAUGAUGACACCAUAUGCGAUAAUCACUCCUCCCGUCCCGGCAUACCCCGCGGUUGUGACAGAGAGUCCUCCGGUGCCUGUGACGCAACCGGAAGUGAAGUACUGGAUCAUCGGGGCGGUCCUGGGCCCCCUCCUGCUGCUCAUUAUCAUUAUCUUACUGUUGUGGUGGAAGUGCCGCUGCGGACCGCCGCCACCAAAGCAACCUCCUGGGAAGAUGAUAGAGGAGCAGCGUAAAAUGCAUGAGCCUACGCAUGGUUUCGACGUUGCUCGCUACGCUGAGGGGAAAGACGCCAUGAAAUCUACGGCACUAACGGCAACCGCCUCAGAGAUCCCGAGCGAGGAUCGCGAGGACAAACGAGCCUCCAGGGAGAUGUCACUGAGACGAAAAGUGUUGAAAAAGCCAAUGAGAAAUGCGCCGAAAGAAAACAGGGUAAAUCCGGCGUACGAGGAGAGCGAGGAGGAAGAGGAGGAUGACCAGGACACAGUGGCAGACAGUCGAGAACGCAUCAUCAAGGCGCAACCAGGUCCAGGGGUCCGCGGCAAGCGGACAGAGGAGCGACCCCUGCACCGCAGCACCCCGGCUAGACCCGCCCGCGGCAUUAUUGAAGACGACGAGGAGGAAGAGGAGAGUGAAGGGGAGUCCGAGGCAGAAAGCGAGGCGACCACACGGACGGAUAACACGCGAUACUCCGCAGCUCAGGUGCCCGCGGUCGCUGUCAUGGGUGGAGCCAGCGGUGCACCACGAUACCCACCAGUGCGAUUUAGAUCUUCAGUACACCCGGCCCAGUCUCUCCCGCCGAUUGAUAACAAGAACACUUCGCUUGUGGCCGCCAAAAUAGACCCUUCAGAAGACGAGGAGAGAGUUCCACGUAAGAGACAAAGCAAGGCGACGCAACGAGAACUCAAGCAAAAGGCGGACAUUGAACGACUUCGCAACAAACAACGCCUGCGCGAACAACGUAAAGCCAAGUCUCACUCGCCCGAAGACAAAAGGACCUGGACACGAACCCAGCAGAGCCUUGAUGACGUGCUUGACCCCAGGGAUCCUUUCGCAAAAAAUCAACGCAGGAAAGGUAGAAAAUCUCGGAAGGUCGGUAGCAUACCUGCAGAUGACGAGGGCAUUGAGCUGAAGAGCUACAAGCCGAUCAACAGAGAGGAGGAUAAAGAAACAGAAGACAGCGGUGAAGCAUCAGAUGCCGAGUCAGACAUCAGCAUGGAGGAAACGAGACGCCGCAUGCACUCGCUACUCGAAGACGCAUUCAGCCUCCUAGAACCCUAUAAGAAGAACCAGCAACGGCUGGAGGAACCCCGUCAGUACGCCCAAGAUCCUCGACAGUACCCCCCUGACCCACGAACAGGUUCCCUUAUCCGUCAUCCUGCACCCCCUCGGUACGCAGGAAUGCGUCCCGCCCUCCCUGAGCCAGCUCCCGCCCACGGCCGAGCAUCCGAACCGACACCGAGGCAACGACGGAGACUGGAAAGCUCUGGACAGUUUCCUCAGACCAUGCCGCGUACUCCCAUGGGUGGGUACCCUGGGGGAUACCCUUUCCGACCGCCUAUGCGGAUGCCGCCGCCGCUACUGACGAGUGAACCCGUGGUAGUGUGGGAUCCUUACGAGAAGCAGCGGUAUCUUCAGCAGCAGCUACAGCAGCCGACGUACUCGUACACAGACCCUCACGGCCAGAGCGUGUUCAUCACGCCCGUACAGCAACAGCCCGAUAACUACGGUGAUGUCGUUUGGAGUCCAUACAGAGCAGAGGAUACGAUGGCUGACCUUUAUCCAGAUCUUGCGAAGUCAAAUUACCCAGGAGCCUUAGGAAGCUCACCUACGAAAGACCCAUUCGGAAAUAUCGCACCUAGGUCGCGUGAUACGGUCAUCGAUGUCAAUUCCAAUGAUCCGCGAGCCAACACCCUGGGGGCAUCCCCACAGCCUCUCAUUCGCUCGAUCAAGGACGAGUUGAUGAGAUUGUCAGCGGGAGGCGCACGCAAAACGCCUAUUACAGAACUAUAGCGCACCAUACAAUAUAGGUGUGGCACUAUGGGGUCAUCCCUUCAGGCCCUCAUUUGCUCGGUCAAGGACGAGUUGAUGAGUGUCAGCUGGAGGCGCACGCAAGACGCCUAUUGCAGAACUAUAGCGCACCAUAUAAUAUGGGUGUGGUACUAUGGGGUCAUCUCCUCAGCCCUCAUUCGCUGGAACAAGGACGAUUACAGAACUAUAGCGGGUGUGGCACUCGGAGAACAGAUUCAUAUGUCCAAUAGGAGGAUGAGUUUCCAUCUACAGUGAGGGAAGUGCCAGUAUCUAGUAUGUUGGGCGUUCCGUCGAGACAAAAGCUAUUAUAGUAUUUGGAAAAAAAUAAACUCGAAUUACCGCGGGCGGACCAUCGUCUCGUGGUUGGACGCUUAGAGGUAACAUGAACAGUCACAACAGAUUGUGAAUGAAGAGUUAGGAAACAUUUAUCUCGACAAGUUUAUACCCUUGCACACAACUGCUAACUUGAAUAACAUGAACUACAGAUUAUCAAAAAUAUUUUGAAGUAACAAAAUCAAUUAGAAAAAUUGAAUUUGGUGUUAUGACAGAAUUACUAAGAUCUGUUUCUUGCGUCAUGCUAGGCGGGGACGUGAAAAUAGUCAGAUAGUGUGCAGAACUUGAUUAUAUAGUGAUCAAGAUCAACUUAAACCUCGUCUUCAGAAAAUAUUUAUGGAGUACGUGAUGUAAAUUUAUAUCGAUAAAACUGAUAAAAGUAUUUAGGUAUUUAAAGAGGAUUUUAUAUAUGAACCUUGCACAGGUUCACCUGCACUCUGCGUGUGGUGUCGCUUGAUCUCGCCCUGCUUGAAGGGAAUUCAUCCAACACAGCAUUCAUACGACCUCUAUGUCGUACGCAUUUUAGUGAAAAGUAUAUAUAUAUAUAUAUAUAUAUAUAUAUAUAUAUAUAUAUAUAUAUAUAUAUAUAUAUAUAUAUAUAUAUAUAUAUAUAUAUAUAUAUAUAUAUAUAUAUAUCUUAAACUAAUUAAACGAUAGAUAGCAAAUCAAAAUCAUAUUUUGAUAACUGAAAUGAAAAUAAAAAAACUGUACUGAAAUGAAAAUAAGUAAAACUGUGAUAAAAA